AUGUCAAUGGAAAUUAGUAGUGGUAGUGUGUUGGUAGGAGGAAGAGGAGUAGAAAAACAAAGAAACAGUACAGGUAAAUCUUACAAAAGAUCGUCGUCGUUGAAACAACAACAACAGAAAAAGAGAUUAAUAUCAACAAUGUAUCUUACUAGUACACUAGAAUUAAAUAUGAAUUCAAUAUUGAUCGAUCAAAACGAUGGCCAGCGUUUUUGUUCGCGCAACAGUUGUUUUUUUUCGUCAUUGUCAUUAAUUCUAAAAGUCCAAGUCCAAAGCAAAGGUUCCAAGAGGGUAUUCUACAGACAGGAAGGUCACAAUAUACAUUACUAA